AUUCAUAAUUCACCACCAAGUACCCACUUCUCUCUCUCUUCUCUCCAUACAUAUAUACAACCAUCAAUACGUAACAACCACCAAAGAUCACAACUCACAGCCUUCCAUUUCCCUUAGACUUAUUGGUAAACAUACAGAUUUUCGAGAUUAGAUCAAUUUGUGUCAUUCAUUUUCUUCUUUUUGGUACGAAAAAAUAUUAAGAGAUGGAGAUCAAAGUCAAACCAACGACGAUGAUGGCAACUAAAGAGGAGGAUGAUAUUAAGAUGAAGAAGAUGAAAGACUGUGUGGUGAUUGGUCAAGAGUCAGAUCAUGAGGAGGUUAGUAGUAAAGAACAAGAAACUAUGAAGAUCUUGGAUGGUGAGUCAAAACAAAGCCAAGAUGAAGAAACUAGACAAGCUGAUUCUAAGAUUACAGAGUCACCAUCAUCAUCAUCAUCAUCAUCAACAACAUCACUUGAGAUGCAUAAGAAGUUGGAAAUUGAAAAAAACUUUACGAGUCAAAAGAUCACCAAAAAGGAAGAGAAUCAUAAUAAUAAUGUUUCUAACAUGAUGAAUAAGCACAAGAAGACGAGUUCAUCACACGUAUGGGACUGUGGGAGCAGUCUCUACGACUCGUUCGAGCUCAACUCAUUCAAACGUCAACUCGACUCAGCCAUCUCAGCUUCCUCCGCCAGAACUAUGUCCAUGUCUCGCCUCCCCGACCGCCGUCUCCCUCCUCUCAUCAGCUCACUCUCACCGGAGAAUCCUCCACUGCCGACAACUUCUUCUUCUUCCUCCUCCUCCUCGGGGGUCAAGAAACACUCGAACAAGAUCUCUCGUUCUCUCCAGAGGUUCUUGAAGUCAGUUUUCAAACCUAAACAGCAACAAAGCUCGAGCAGUACUCCUUCUUCUCCGGUCUACAAGGCGUUGGGUCGAGGCGGAGGGGGAGGAGAUAAAGAACGAUACUACGUCGUUUAUGAUAAAUCAGGUUCGUUGACAACUAUUCCAGAGUCAACGGAGAAGGAAGCAGUGAGCCCUGAGAUCAACUCUCUCGUUAGGAAAACCGUGUCCGAGAGAUUCCCGGCGAGUCGAGUCGUUGGUAUUUCAUGUGCUUGAAUUAUAAUAUCAUAAUCAUAAUCUAAUUACAUUACAUUACAUUAAUUACGUCGUGUAUUUGAUAUAAAUUAAUAUCUAUCUAUAUCAUAAACAUGUUAUGAUGACUUAUGAGAUUAAUUAGAGUCUUCUUUUCCUUUUUUUGUUUGUUGUAAAAUAAACAUUUUGGAAAUGAA